AUGGAAGUCGAUAAGUUCGACGGCAAAAAAGGUGACAGCCUUAUGCUUUGGUUCCGACAGAUUGAGCCGGCAGUGUUUGUGGCCGUCAUCACCUAUGAACCGUACCGUGUGGGCUUUGCCACGGGCAAGUUAGGUGGCUUAGCCAAACAGUGGGCAUUCACAUGUGGUGCAUCAUUGCAAGAUGCUUUUCCCACAUGGGUCGAUCUGAAAGUUCAGAUGACCGGCAACUCUAUGCCUGAGGCAGUGACCGUCACGGUCUUUAUGGAGGGCCUCCGAGUUGGCGUUGCCAGAACGGAAGUCAUUCGGUCAAGUGGUGAUGAAGAAGCCGAGCUUCAUGCUGCGGAGCAGCAACUUGUGCGCAGAUGUUGUAUCUGCAAGAGAACAGGCCAUUUGAUGGCAAAAUGCCCUGCAAGAAAGGCAUAUUUGGCCUCGAAGGGCCGAAGCCCCAUGGGUAAACCUUCUGGAGGUAGAAGCAAACAGGGUCCAGCCCCAAAGAGAUCCGAACUCUCAAAAACGAAACGAGAAUGCAAGCCAGGCUUGCUAGUCGUCGAAGGGACGAUUAAGGGCUAUGAUAAGCCAUGGAUCAUUUUACUCGAUUCGGGGGCAUUUGGCAAUUAUGUGCGCCGUGCUACCGUGGAAGGUAGUCAGCAGUAUGCUGAAGCACUUGUAGCGCGUGAAAGUGACACAGUCACAGUUCGCUUAGCGACUGGUACGCGUUUUACGGUACCCAAAGUCCCGAUGGACUUAAAUGUAAAGCUCUUGGACUUUAAUAGCAUGGAACGCUGUUUGGUCAUGGCUGGAUGGGAGGGUUUUGGAGAGUCAUGGACCCACCUCUGCUACCGACUGAGACAAAUUUUAUGGAGAAGGCGACAUCUACUCAUGGGAAAGGGCAACGCCUUACCGCCGGCUGCUCGAGGAGCUAUCUGUGACAUUGAUGUGGCUUAUGGUCUACCCCAUGCCUCUAAUCAACGAAUUGUUGGAGGACCUGAACGGAGCAUCGUGGUACUGCUCCCUGGACAUGGCAAGUGGUUUUUGGGUCGUCGGCUUGACCGAAAGGUCGAGAAGGAUCUCGGCGUUUGCCACCCCACUGGGGGGUUGUUAGAAUGGCUACGGAUGCCAUUUGGACUCAAGAACGCGCCUCAGAUAUAUCAGAGACUCUUGGAUAAUGCUUUGUAUGGGUUCUUACGUAUCCCCCAAGGAGCUGGUACGGAGGAGACUGAAGACUUGUUUACGAUGGGGGAGCCUGAUGUAAAGUCGGGUCCCUCGCGCGGUCAAGAGCUCAUAGUAGUGCCGGAAGGUAGACUACCUUGGGCACCGGGUCUCGGAUCAAGACUAGAGGCCCACCCAAAGGACCUUCAGUCCUUGGUCGACCUACCGUUGCCAACAACACUCAAAGCCAUGCAAUCUUUUCUGGGAAGUCUGAAUUACUAUGGUAGAUUCAUUGAAGAUUAUGCAGUGUAUGCGUUGAUCCUUUAUGAGUUACAAGAAGUGGAUUUUAACGAUUGUCGAUGUAGGUUGAAGGCGGGGGACAGUGGGGUGACUAAGGCAGAAGACGAGGGGAAAUGGUUCAGGGCCCAAGUAGACUUUGCUAUGCUCAAUAAUAAGAUUGCCACUGCACCUAUCUUGCGACACUUUGACCCGUCCAAGGAGGCAGUAAUUAUCGUUUAUGCAAGUGAACGGGCCGUAUUCGCGUCGUUAGUGCAAGACCAUGGUGGCAUUCUAAUGCCGGUGACUUUUACGAGUCGGACCCUUAAGGCCAACGAGUUGAACUACAUUACGGUGGAUAAAGAAGUGCUGGCUUUAUUACGGAUAAUGGAAACUUGUUUUACAAUGUUGGUCACUCGACCCCUCAAGGUCCUGACGAGGCAUUCUACAUUGGAGUGGCUAGUCGGGUCUACGGGUUUACAGGGACGGCUUGGUAAUUGGGCCGCUCUCUUGUCCCAAUGA